AUGGAUUAUGGACCAAAACGAUACGUCAACGACUCGCCAUGGAGAUUGUCUCAUGCUCUGCAACUACAACGCCAGGACAGUCUCCACCAGACCUCGGCGCAGGUCCCCGGAGGGCAAGCUGGAAUUCCGGGUAUUCGUUCUCGUAAGGUUCAAUCGGAGCCCUCGUGCCGAGGCCUGGUCUCCACCUGCGCCGAUCUUCACGCGCUUCUCGAAGCUGCAGGGCGCAUCAGCUACGACGUGAUCGCCUUGCAGGAGACAAAGUCCAGGAAGGCGGACUUGAGGCAGCUGAGUGAUGGCACACUCAUCAUUAAUGGUGAAAAGGUUCCAUCACGGAAGGCUGGAGGCGUUAGAUUUGUUGCACACCGAUCUGUUGUGCAUCUUUCGAUUCGCAUGAGAUCCUAUCACCUCGCCUGGUUAUCCUUUGACUCCGUCUGCAUCAGAAAAUCAUCACUAUCAUCAACUGCUAUUCUCCAACAUCAGCAGCUGAUGAUUUGGAACUCGAUGCUUUUUAUAGGAUUUGGAGGAAGUCAUCCGCAAAGAAAACUCCUUCUGUAA